AUGGCAGACGAUGCAAAUCAUGCUAGACAGAGGAGGACAUUGGCUCAUGCUUUCAGCCAGAAGGCUCUGUUGGAACAGGAGAGCAUCAUCCGUGGGUAUGUCGACCUGUUCAUCGCCAAGUUGACACCCUUCGCCAAGUCCGGUCAGCGGGUCAAUAUGUGUGAUUGGUAUAACUUUACCACCUUUGAUAUCAUCGGCGACAUGGCCUUUGGCGAGCCCUUUGGAUGCCUUAGAGACGGCGUCUGGCAUGAUUGGGUAUCCCUAAUCACUAUCACAAUCAAGGCAGGGGCUUAUGAGCAAGCCACUCGGCGCAUGUUCAAGGCUGGGACCUUCAUGCAGAAAAAUUUGGUCAAGCUGAUCCCGAACGAUUUGAUGCGGAAGAGAUUCCAGCAUUUGGAGCUUAGCAAGGAGAAGUGCUUGAAACGUAUCGACGAGGGCUUGAGGCGCGAGCAUCGCGACUUCCUGUAUUACAUCCUACGAGCGAAUGAGAAGGGUGGGGUCAAGCAAGACGAAAUAAUCUUGAACAGUGCUCUCUUCAUUGUUGCCGGCUCCGAGACUACCGCGUCGUUGCUUUCCGGCAUGACCAUGUGGCUUAUGCGAACGCCGCAUGCGUACAAGAAACUGACCCGGGAGAUUCGUGGCCGCUUUCCAUCAGCCGAGAAUAUGCACUUCUCCGAGCUACAAGAGUGCACUUACAUGAACGCCUGCAUCGACGAAGCCCUACGGAUUUUCCCACCUGUGCCGACUGGCUUGACUCGUACUGUCCCCGAUGGCGGCGACACAGUUGCCGGGGAGUUCGUCCCGGGAGGGACCACCGUGUCCGUCUAUGCAUGGGCUGCCACUCACUCCCCGCAUAACUUUUCCAAGCCCGACGAGUUUAUCCCUGAGAGAUGGAUCGACGCGCAGUACGACUUUGAGAAGAAGGAAGCAAGCCAGGCCUUCUCCCUCGGUCCCCGCGGGUGCAUUGGCAAACAUUUAUCAUAUCUCGAGCUACGGUUGAUCUUGGCCAACCUGCUUUGGCACUUUGAUAUCGAGCGAGCCGAUCUUGACGAGCCUGUAGACGUGUGGGAUCCUAGCGAUGACUUGAAGCACAUCAAGGCUUUCAAUACUUGGAACAAACCGCCGCUGUGGAUCAAGCUGACUCCUGUCAAGCGUUGA